CAGCGCCAUCCAGGGGUACCACGAGGCCGGAAGGGGGCGCCGAACGGGAGUGGCAUUCAUCACCCACCAAAAUCACUCAUCAUCAUGGGCCCAUCAGAAAGCCGCUGACCGACGAUUCAUCAAUUCAUCGUACCAUCCGAUGACCUUCGGAGCGUAACCCGGCAGCAAAUAUUGGUGAUGGGAAUUUUUGUUGUCCCAGCGGAGAAGGGGAAGUCGUCGACCGAUCUAGAACGCCUCCUUGCAGCACGCUUGCAUGGUGGUGUGCAUGAGACACCCCUGACUGUCGCCAAUCUGGUCAGGGCAAAUGCCAACCGGAGUUCUGGCCGAUGCGGGGAGACAACAGCAGCAGCAGAGACCAGAUGACAGCUGAACCCCUUGGCGCGCGUGCCAUUCCCCGUCGCAUGUCCGUGAGGUCCCAGUCCCGCGGAAUUCAGCGCCACCAGCAACGACAAGCACCGGCAUGACCGCCAGCGCCAAGUCCAGGGCUGGCCAAUCGCAUCGCUGACACCUUACGGAGAUGUAGGUUUUGGUACUGCACCGAAGCAGGAACAGACACCUCCUCCGCCUGCAUCCCUGACAGCCCUUCGCCAUCAGAACCGACAUCUACUACCAUCAAUAUGGCACUUUUCGGCUCGGUCUGUUGGGGGGAGAAUGGAACAUGUUUGUUGAUGCCCUUUCUCAGUUUUCAUCUUUAAAAGGGAGGAGGGCUCCCCACUGUGUUGGAUCCCGUCUUAUCAUUGAUGCCGGUUGACGAUCUUCACCAAUUCUCUGCAACACUGCGUCAUAAGCCAGGGGUGGAUUGUACCACCGACGUACCUCUACCCCCCUUCUACGUCACGGUCCCCUAAGCGAUAUCAACAACACCAGCACCACACAAAUAGUGGUGAUGGAACACAACGAGCUUUCAACUUCAUCUUCCACUUCAUCAAACAACAGACAACUGGCCGCAAACAUGGAGGCCCCAAUGUAUCAAACAUAUCCCCAGGACGCCUUUGCCUGUGGCCAGUGGUCCAACAGGCCAAGCUUCCCCCCGACGUUUCCAGCAUCGAAUCCCGCCGCACAGUUCGACGGAAUGUGGCGCGAUGAACUACAGCACCCGAUGACAACCUACGACAUGCCAACAAUGUUCCAAACAUCCGAUGACGUCGUCUGGCCCAUGCAAGAGCAGCCUGCUGGAGGCUUCUCCCAGCCGUCGUCCGCAUCUCCCGUUGGAUAUCAAGGACAAGACGCAGAGUGGAGCUCGAUACCAUCACAAGACACCGGCUACGCUUCAGGAACCUGGAUGUCAAACGAACAGAUCCAACCGGUGCUGUCCCCCCUGUCAGAAGCCCCGUCAUUUAACAACUACACCUUCAACCACAAGACACCCAGCGACUACGAACCUCACUCGGCCACCUCCACCGCCCCUUUCCCAUCCCAGAGCUCCUUUGACACUCGGGAGUCGGCCUCGCCCGCCGCUAGCACCGCAGCCCCAGUUUCAAAACCUAAAGGCAAAGGCAAAGGAAAGGCCGCCGUCACCAAACCCUCCAAGAAGGGCACAGAAGUCUCCUCCAAAUCCUGGGGAACAAAGAGAAAAUCUCCCGCUCCGUCCACGAAAUCCACCUCAAGUUACAACAGCAAGCCACUACCACCAUUUCUGGGCAUCUUUCCUCCCGAUGUCGACCCCCGGGAGGCUUCAGCCAAGGUGCAACGCGAAGCAUGGGAGAGGUGCAAGAACGAGGCCAUGGUCAUGUCGCAAAGACGGCUCCUGCUAUUGGACCACGAGCGUGGUGCAUUAGAGCGGGAGACACAGAAAUUGCAAGACAACCUUGCCUUGAUGAGAGAAGCAGCAGCGAGGGAACACGGGCAACUGAAGGAAGCUGUGAAGAAGGCCGAGAGGUUGCAUGCGAGGGGGUAUUACUGAGGGCCUCUUUGUGAUCGCACACUGUAUUGCUAUAUAAUUAUCACGGAACACCAGUAACGAGGACAUGAAUUGAUGAUCAGACAUGAAAGAAUAACGAGCCACCUUUGGACACCGG